AGCCACUGAUGGAGAAGAAGCGAAGGGCACGCAUCAAUGUGUCCCUGGAGCAGCUCAAGUCUUUACUGGAGAAACACUACUCACAUCAGAUCCGGAAACGCAAGUUGGAGAAGGCUGACAUACUGGAGCUGAGCGUCAAGUAUAUGAAAAGCCUCCAGUACUUGGUGCAAGGGCACUGGCCUGUCCCCACUGGAGCCGAGUACCCGUUAUCCUUUCGUGGCUGCCUGCCUGGCGGUAGCCAGCCUCUGCGGGGCGGAGAGGAGGGUGGCGGCGGCCUGCGCUGCCCCCUGGCGCAAGAGCGCGCGGGUGGCAGCACCAUGGACAGCGCCGGUCCCGCCCCAGAAAUGUUGGAGCGCCGCAGCCCCUGCGGCCCACCGGUUUGGGCACCUGCUCCGGCCGCCGGCGGCGUCCGGUCCCCACCACCCCUCCUCUCCGGUCCUUCUACCAGCAUCCCGGAGCUGCCAUCGGCGUCUCGCCUCGGCGCCGAAAGCCCGGGGCUAGGGCUGCGCGUGUGGCGGCCCUGGUGAGACCCAGAUAUGUCCCCGGAUUGAGUGCCCCACCUCCCUCCUCUCCAGGGACCGAGAGACUGUUGUGAGCGUGUAGUGGCCAGGACCCCAGUCUCCCAUUUUGGUCCCAAACCGGGAGGGUGUCUUGUACUGCAGAAUGCGGGGAAACAUACCGAACCACGCGUGGACCCGGGUCUGUGCGUCUCGGUCUAAGUCAGCCCCCAUUCCACUCCCUUUCCUCCUCCCAACUUAUAAUGGGAUUGGGAAGGGGUAUCGGGACUGAUCGCUUUUCCCAGGGGCCCGGGCUGCACGCCCACCCUCACCCCCCACCCCGCCCUCCGCAGCACCGCUGUGGGAAGGUCGCCGUCUG